ACUCCCGGCGCAAGUUAGAAGACCUCAGAGCGCCUAUAUAUUCAAGACUCGCGUAGAUCCCGCCUCUUUGGGUCCUUCAUCAGGUUUUAAAGGAACAGAAAGCAAAAUGGAGCUUCUGAUACCUAGUAUGGAAAUAGUCGACAUUCUAGUAAAAACCCUAACGAAAUUCGCUUUCUCAAGUAACGGCAAAGCAGUUCCAUUUUUCGUCUGAAUUUUUUGGGGUUAGAGGAACUAGCUAGAGCAAUUUUGUUCAACAAUCCAAUUGAUUAAGCAUUUGGCGGGUAAAUUUGCGGCAAGCGUUUAAAUAAUUGCUACUUAUGGGGAGUAUUAAGCCAUUGCCAGAGGCUGUUCGUAAUUUGAUGCGUUCUGGAAUUAUAUUGUUCGACUUGUCGCGGGUGGUCGAAGAGCUGGUUUUUAACAGUUUGGAUGCUGGUGCUACUAAGGUGUCGGUCUAUGUGGGUGUUGGCACCUGCUAUGUAAAAGUAGUGGAUGAUGGAUGUGGCAUCUCUCGGGAUGGAUUGGUUUUGUUGGGAGAAAGACAUGUGACAUCAAAGCUUCAUCAUCUGGCUGAUAUGCAUGCUGCUAAUUGGAGUUUUGGCUUCCGGGGAGAAGCAUUGGCUUCUAUUUCUGAUGUCUCUUUGUUAGAAAUUGUAUCAAAAGCUCGUGGGAGGCCAAAUGGAUAUCGUAAAGUUCUGAAGGGAUCAAAAGGUUUAUAUCUUGGAGUCAAUGAUGAUCGGAAAGAUGUUGGCACAACUGUUGUUGUACGUGAUUUAUUUUACAACCAACCUGUUCGGAGAAAAUAUUUGCAGUCAAGCACCAAGAAGGUUUUGGACUCAGUUAAAAAAUGUGUUCUUCGGAUUUCACUUGUGCAUUCAACAGUUUCCUUCAAAGUUGUUGAUAUUGAAAGUGAGGAUGAGCUUCUAUGCACACGUCCUUCUUCUGCAUUGUCACUACUGAUGAGUCACUUUGGCAUCAACGAUUCCAGCUUUCUUCUUGAAUUGAACUUUAGUGAGAGUGUAUUAAAGCUUUCUGGCUAUAUAUCUGGUCCUUGUGAUAGUUUAACUGUCAAGGCUUUCCAAUAUGUUUAUAUCAACUCAAGGUUUGUCUGCAAAGGUCCAAUACACAAACUGGUAAAUCACUUAGCCUCUAGGUUUGAAUGUCUGGAUCCUUGGAAAGCUAAUAGCAUGCCUCAAAAAGGAAAGAGAUAUAAGUCCCAAGCAUGUCCAGCCUAUAUUCUAAAUCUAGGUUGCCCUUUGGCUCUCUAUGAUUUAGCCUUUGAGCCUUCGAAGACAUAUGUUGAAUUCAAGGAUUGGACUCCUGUACUUAAUUUUAUUGGGAAAUCCAUUCAACAACUUUGGAGGGAAAAUGUGAACUACGGGGAAUCCUUGGCUCAUGUAACUGAUAUAUGCAGGAAAGAUGAAAUCUGGAAGGAAGAUUUUUCAGGGAAUCCUAGAUUUCCAAUAAAAAAGUGUGAGAUUCAAAAAGAUAAGCCCUCUCACCCCCAUUCUCCUUCCCAUUACUUGAUGCAAAACAAAGAGGUUGUCUCUAUUUAUAGUGGAGAAAGUGCCAAAAUUCCAUGUAAAAAGUUUUGCAUGAACAUUUCAGAAUUCAAAGAAUGGGAAAGUGAUUUGUGCCAUUGUCAUAGUGCCUGCUCUUUGCAAUCAUGGAAUGACUCGCUUUCUAAGCAUAUAUACACAGUGGCCCAAAAGAGUGACAAUCAUCUCUUGACAUCUAAUGGCAAUAAUUGUUUGCCAGAUGAUUUUUUCAUGGAGAAUAGAUUUACUGCUAACGAAAGAUUCAACAAUCAUGAAGAGGGCAAUAUCUUGGGCGUAGAGUGUGAUGAGUCCCCAAAAAUCACAUCUGCUGAAAUGAAUGAAUCUUAUAGGAGUGAAUUUUCUUUGGAUUAUCACAAAUUUGGAAAUGACUUAGAGGUUAGCAAGAGCAAUGAAAAACCUUUCUUGCAGAGUUGCUCCUUGCAAACAAACCUGAUGCUUCAUAGUUCUUUGUUUUCAAGUAAAGAAGAUCUUGAAUUUCCAAUUGAUGGCUUCAGGACCAAGAAAAGAAGGGUUUGCACUGAUGAAAAUGUUGACAUCAAUGUUGAUGCUAGUAAUGACAUAUUAGAUACAUAUCCUGGGACUUUGCUGCAGCAUGAGGCAUCAUGCUCUCAGAAGUUCUCUUCACAUUGCAUAGGAAUUGACAUGCCUGUAGAUUUUGAUAGUCGGUCAAAAGCCUCUGCAAAUUCAUUUUCAUUGCAUGGAAAGCUUUUUGCUGAAGAGAAAGCUAGGGCUGUUGAACCAUUCCUAGAUGAGAAUGCUUAUGAAUGGAGAGAAGGAUUGGGUAAAUUCGCAAAUAAUUGGCAUGAUGGAGAUAGUCAAGCAAGGGAGGGAAACCAUAGUUACAAAAUGGAAUCAAAGAGCUAUAGCAAGGAAGACUUCAUCUCAAGCUGUACAAGUAUGUUAGAUUUGAAGGACUAUGCUGAUACCACCAGAGAUUUCAGCAAAUUUCUCCAAGGUCACAACGUAACUGAGGAAUCAUCAUCUGCAGAACAUUCUGAUAGAACAACUAGUGAGAUUAACUGGUUACGUUUAGAUUUGCCUUUUAGAAGUUGCAAAAGUGAUAACAAGUACGAAAGUCGAGAAAAUCAACUUGGACGUAAAGAUUGGAAACAAUUUAAUUUUCCUAAACAACCAUACAGAAGAAGUCGAUCAGCGCCCCCAUUUUACAGACAGAAGACAAGGUUUAUUUCCCUAAGGCAUCAUUCUAUGAUGAAGGAGGGAAAUGUGCAGUUGUUCCAUGAUGACCUUACUUCUCCAGAAAAUGAUGACCUGAAGCGUCCACAUUUUCACCCAAAUUAUGCAGAGGAUUUAAUGUUCUGCUCUUGGCCCAAUGUGAGCAGUGGGCAAGGCACUAUGCUUGACAUGAAAGAUAUUAAACAAGGUGCAAAUCUCAGACACUCACAAUAUCUCCAGUCUCAUGCUUCUCCAGUUGAAGAGGAAAUUCAGUACUCAGCUGACUAUGCGUCUAAAUGGCGGAAUGGCUGUCACCAAAUUGCAAACAACAAUGUGUUGCACAAUAUUGACAAUCAGCAUGAUAUCCUUGACAUCUCUUCAGGAUUUUUGCAUCUUGCUGGCAAUUCAUUAGUGCCAGAAUCUUUGCAUAGGAAUUGCCUUGAGGAUGCCAAAGUUCUUCAGCAGGUGGACAAGAAAUUCAUCCCAAUUGUGGCUGGAGGGAUGCUUGCUGUUAUAGACCAACAUGCUGCAGAUGAGAGGAUUAGACUGGAGGAACUUCGUCAAAAGGUAAUAUCUAGAGAGGCUAAGACAGUUACCUAUUUGGAUGCUGAAAAAGAGCUGAUCCUUCCAGAGAUGGGGUAUCAGCUGCUUCAUAGUUAUGCUGAACAAAUAAGAGAUUGGGGUUGGAUCUUCAAUACUGAAGCUCAAGGUUCUAGUAGCUUUAAGAUGAAUUUAAAUAUUCUUCACCAGGAGCCAAAUGGGGUCACUCUUCUUGCGGUGCCCUGCAUUUUAGGGGUCAAUUUAUCUGACAGUGACCUAUUAGAAUUUCUUCAGCAGCUUGCUGAUACAGAUGGCUCUUCUACAAUGCCUCCAGCUGUCCGUCGUAUCCUAAAUUUUAAAGCAUGCAGAGGUGCAAUCAUGUUUGGAGAUUCUUUGUUACCAUCAGAGUGUGCGCUCAUUGUUGAAGAGCUAAAGCAGACUUCACUUUGUUUUCAAUGUGCUCAUGGGCGACCAACCACUGCCCCCCUUGUCAACUUGGAGGAACUUCAUAAACAGAUAUCUAAACUGGGAGCAUCAGAUGAUGGCUCAAAUAAGUUGUGGCAUGGUCUGUGUCGGCAGGAGCUCAGUUUCAGACGUGCUGCAGAGCGUUUGAGGACAGCUAGAGGUUAGUGUUACUGUUGAUUAGAUACCGAUAGCUGCUUUCUAAAAUCGUUUUGGUUUCUAGAUGCGUCCACUGUAAAGUAAUUCUUUGUCGACUAGAAUGAUCAUAGUGAAUAUGUCUGCGAAGUCGUAUUUGUUCAUUAAUUCUGUAUAAUAAGCAUUUACAUGUGAUAUGUCCAAGUCUGUUUCUUGGGUUUUAUCUUUAAUUUAUUUUGGUCAAAACAAGAAUAUAGAUACAUUGUGACAUCAC